CAAGGACACAUCCAAUCAUGGCUUUCCUGUCUUGGAGUUUGCAGAGCUUUGGAAGGGGAUGCUUGAGACUCAAACACUCCACAGAUGUGUGGGGGUGUGGGGGUGUGGGAAGUCCAGAAAGAUGGGGGGAAGGAUGGGUUGAUUGUUUAGAAUGGCCCGGGGAAGUUUUUUUUGUGUUUAGACAGGUUUUGGUCUACUAGCAAGUUGUUUGGGUGGCAUCGUGUCUCUCGGACGGGGAUUCAUUCCUAGUCGAUUUCCCACUGCUGCUGGUGGAUCUUUAAGAGUCCACUUGCUGCAGGAUCCUUCAGCUGCCAUUUUUGUAGAUGCUGCUGGCAGAAGUUACAUCCCUAUGUAAACAAUUCCAAUCAUCCGGGAUGGUGGGAUGAUGAUGAUGAUGAUGAUGAUGAUGAUGAUGAUGAUGAGUAUGUCCUGGAGAAAACGGUGGAUUUGAGACGAUCUUAUCAACGACUGUCUCCAAUUAUUCUGACAGAGCACAAACCUUCAGGGUUUCCCACCUGGCCAAGAACUAGGGCGGACAGGACAACCCUGUGCUUCGGUUUGACAGCAGAUUUUGUUGGGGGAGUCCUCAGAGUCAUGGUCCAGUUCUAUGUUUGUUUGAUUUAUCAGACUGGAAACCAAAAUCUGAAAAAUAGUAACACCAUAUUCAUGGGAACACCCGUUUGGGCAAGGUACGCUAGGUGAGCGGAGAGUUUCAUCUACUUACUGGAGGCUGAAUAUAAAGCUAUACAGCACAGUCUGUGACCCAUGGUUGCUUGGUUUCCGGGGGUGUUCAGGUUGGCAGGUUCCCCCCGUGAUCCAGGAAUCAACAGCGUCUUUUUGUUGCCAAUAGGUAUCUACCAGAUACUGAGCCUUGUAAGACCAUUAUUGAGGUAAGUAUUUUGCUAUGAUUAGAGUCCAGAAUUUGUUUGUAGGACAUUAGAUUUGGCUUUUUGGAUCCCUGGCAAGUCCAUUGAAAACACGAUCCUGGUGCUGCAAGGGAAGACCAAUCUCCAAUCUAAAGUGACCAACUGGUGUGGUGCAAAGAUUGUUUGGAUGCACAAAGCCACGAUUUCUGGAACAAGACAAGACUGUUACGUGUUUCAUUGUGCCAAAACAAUCACUGCAAUCUCAUGGACCUUGGCCAAUCUAGGACAGCAUUGGUGGAUUGGACUUCUGAUGUUCUUUAUAUAAUUUUCAUUAUUGGUGGAUUGGACUACCUGGCCCUACACUACUCGCCUGCUUACUUGAAGAUCCAUCCGUUCACUCGGCCAAUGGCCUUCCGCACCUUCAGGACGAUGGCCUUCCAGCUGGCCAGUCUCGAACCAGCUCCCGGAGCAGGUGGAUUGAUCAACCUGCCGCCACGUACGCUGUCGCUGGGCACCAAAGCUGCCGAGCGGGUGCGGGAGGGCUUCGCCUUUGUGGGACUCCAAGAGGACCGCGGCGGUGUGGAAGAGAGUGGAGUGAUGUCCAAUCAGCCAAACCUCACAAAUCCCUGUUGUUGGGGGCCUUUGGGUGUUUUUAUUGGUUUUCCUGGCAGGUUUAAGUCUUGAACCACAAGCAGAUAGCGGUUUUGCUUGGAAUGUCCAAACUUGGGAGGGGAGGAUGUUUUUUUCCCGGGUUCCAUAGUAUGCAUGACGAAUCCAAAAGAGAGGGCUGAGAAAUGUGCAAUUCACCAGAAUUACUUUGGUAAGUCUCAAAAUCAAGGUCCCCCCAGUCUCAACACAAUUUCAUUCACGAGGUAUUGGUGGAGUCAUCAAAUACCGGGUGCACCAAUGCUAGUUAUCAAGUAUGUUCAUACUACCAGGUCUUCCCCUGAGACUUGGAAGUCUGGAAGUCAAUGGCAUGAAUCCAUUGGCAUCCCCC